AAAAAAAAAAAAAAAAACUCCAAAGGCUAGAGGAUUUAGAAGGUAAACAGAUCCAGGAUCUGCUCCGUAUAGCACAACGGGUCUACAACAACAGGGACGCCCCAGAAAAGAGACAGAUCAAGGCCACAGAGAAAAUGACUAAAGUCCUGGCCGCUAUAGUCCAGAAAGAACAGCCACCCCCAGAAGGCACUCAAACAACACGCCCUCCCAGGCGGCACUUAGAUAAAGAUCAAUGCGCCUAUUGUAAAGAAAAAGGCCAUUGGAUGCGAGAAGGCCCCAAGAAGAAACAACCCCGCCCCAGCCAAGGACAAUGGCAGCUUAAAACAGCCCCCAUACUGUUUACCCAAGAUACAGAAUAGGGAAGACGGGGUUCGGAUCCCCUCCCCGAACCUAGGGUAAUGUUGCAAGUGGAGGGGAUCCCGGUCCAGUUCCUAGUUGACACCGGGGCACAACACUCAGUUCUGGUCAAGCCCCAUGGAAAAGUAUCUGAAAAAUCAUCCUGGGUACAAGAGGCCACCAGAAUAAAAAAGUACCCCUGGACAACUCAAAGGACUGUAGACUUAAGGACUGGGAAGGUAACCCACUCCUUCCUGGUCAUUCCCGACAGCCCCUGCCCCCUGUUGGGGAGGGAUUUGCUUACCAAAAUGGGGGCCCAAAUUCAUUUCCAACCGGGAGGACCCACAGUGACUGACUUUCACAACCAACCCAUAUCUGUACUCACUGUGAGACUGGAAGAUGAAUACAGGCUCCAUCAGAAACCCACUCCUCUGGAUCAGGGUAUCGAGCCCUGGCUUCAACGCUUCCCAGACGCGUGGGCAGAAACAGGUGGUAUGGGGCUAGCAAAACAUCGCCCAGCCCUAUUUAUAGAGGUCAAGCCCGGGACGGACCCCAUCCGCGUGCGCCAAUACCCUAUGCCCGCGGAAGCCAAAAAUGGCAUCACACCGCAUAUCCGCCGCCUCCUUGACUUCAGGGUCCUACGCACCUGCCACUCAGCAUGGAAUACCCCCCUGCUGCCCAUGUGCAAACCCAACAGCGGGGAAUACAGACCAGUGCAGGACCUGAGAGAAGUCGAUAAGCGGGUGAUGGACAUACAUCCAACCGUUCCUAACUCCUAUACUCUCUUGAGCGCCCUCAGCCCAGAAAAACAAUGGUAUACUGUUCUGGAUCUAAAAGAUGCUUUUUUCAGCCUACCACUAGCGCCUAAAAGUCAAGAGCUAUUUGCGUUCGAGUGGACAGAUCCAGACAGGGGCAUAAAUGGCCAACUCACCUGGACCAGACUACCGCAAGGAUUCAAAAACUCUCCGACCCUGUUUGACGAGGCUCUACACGAAGAUUUAAGUGAGUACAGACAACACCCAAAUAUAACUCUCCUGCAGUAUGUUGAUGAUCUCUUGAUAGCUGCCGAGAUGCCCAAAACCUGCAUCCAGGGAACUGAAGGUCUCCUGCGAACUCUGGGAACCUUAGGUUACCGCGCCUCAGCAAAAAAGGCUCAGAUCUGCAAGUCAGAGGUAACUUACCUGGGUUACUUACUGAAAGGGGGGCAACGCUGGCUAACGGAUGCCCGGAAGGAAACCGUCCUUCGUAUUCCCAGACCGCAGACACCACGACAGGUGAGGGAAUUCCUGGGGUCGGCUGGGUUCUGCAGACUAUGGAUACCAAGGUUUGCUGAACUAGCAAAACCCCUAUACCAGGCAACAAAAGAUCACCAGCCCUUUAGUUGGACGGAAGAAGCCGAACAGGCCUUCCAGCAAAUCAAAACUGCCCUGCUAUCAGCACCUGCCUUGGGAUUCCCCGAUGUUUCCAAACCCUUCCACCUAUAUGUAGAUGAGAGCCGGGGCAUAGCUAAGGUGGUGCUAACCCAACAUUUGGGGCCCUGGCGCAGGCCAGUCGCUUAUCUAUCUAAGAAGUUAGAUCCAGUGGCCGCCGGAUGGCCACCCUGUCUCCGGAUGAUUGCAGCCACUGCCCUGAUGGUAAAAGACGCUGAUAAGCUGACCAUGGGCCAAGAACUACAAGUCACCACCCCGCACGCCAUCGGAGGCAUCCUCAAACAGCCGCCUGACCGAUGGCUGAGCAAUGCCCGACUCACUCAUUACCAGGGACUGCUACUGAAUCCCCACAGGAUCAUCUUCACGCCCCCCCCGAUGGCCCUGAACCCAGCAUCACUGCUGCCAGAUCCAGACAUGGGGACCCCACUUCAUGACUGCACUGACAUACUGGCACAGGUUUAUGGGAUUCGAGAGGACUUGCAGGAUCAGCCAUUAUCGGACGCAGACGCCAUCUGGUUUACCGAUGGAAGCAGCUUUGUUCACCAAGGACAAAGUUAUGCGGGGGCGGCCAUGACUUCAGAGACCGAGGUGGUGUGGGCAGAAGCUCUAUCCCCCGGAACCUCGGCCCAGAAGGCUGAGCUAAUAGCCUUAACCCAGGCCCUAAAGUUAGGAAGAGAUCGCAAGCUAACCGUAUACACUGAUAGCCGAUAUGCUUUUGCCACCGCUCAUGUACAUGGGGCGAUACACAGAGAAUGGGGGCUCCUCACGGCUGAAGGAAAAGACAUCAAAAAUAAAGAAGAGAUUCUAGCCCUACUAGCAGCCUUAUGGGAACCCAAAAAGCUAGCAAUUGUGCAUUGCCCAGGACAUCAGAAGACAACCGACCCAGUUUCCCAGGGCAACAAUUUGGCCGAUCGGACUGCAAAAAACAUAGCUCGGCCCCCAGCGCAAUUACUGACCCUACAGCUGCCAGAUCCCGGACCCCGGGAAUUGCCCCCCAGCCCUGAGUAUUCAGAAAGCGAUCUUCAAUGGAUGAGUAAACUUCCUAUGACCCGAGUCAAAGAUGGCUGGUGGAGAGACUCCAAGAACAGCACUAUACUCCCAGAGAAGCUAGGAUGGCAGGUUCUAGAGCGGAUCCAUCACAGCACCCACCUAGGUUCCCGGCGAAUGUUAGAUUUAAUGAGACAGGCUGGACUGAGAAUCAAAAAUGUCUCCGAUAAGGUUGAUCAAGUAGUCACUAAAUGUACUGUGUGCCAACUCAACAAUGCGAGUAGUAAUCCUCAGACAUCAGGGGCAAGACAAAGAGGGAGCAGACCGGGGACCUAUUGGGAAGUAGAUUUCACUGAGGUAAAACCAGGAAAAUAUGGAUAUAAGUAUUUGCUAGUUUUUGUAGGUACCUUUUCAGGAUGGACCGAAGCCUUUCCAACCAAGAAUGAAACGGCGCAGAUUGUAGCCAAAAAGAUCCUGGAAGAAAUCCUGCCCAGGUAUGGUUUUCCAGUAAUGAUAGGGUCAGACAAUGGACCUGCAUUCGUCUCUAAGAACUUUAUGAGACUGGACCCCCGCUUAUUCCUCAUCAAUUCUGACCCGGGGAUUGGGUCCUCGUCAAACGUCAUCGGCAGGAGACUCGAACCCAAGUGGAAAGGACCCUUCCAGGUCAUCCUGACAACGCCUACGGCCAUCAAAGUAGACAGAAUCGCCGCCUGGAUCCAUUACACCCACGCCAAACCGGUGGACCCGUUCUCAGACCUCAUCGGACCCUCAAAGACAACCUGGACUGUUGACCGGACUAAGGACAAUCCUUUAAAAUUGACCCUACGCCGCCAACGGACUAAACCGUACCUAUGGUACUUGCCCUCCUCUUGA